AGUCCUCUACCACUUGUCGCCCAACACCAGCAUCAUCACCGUCACUCUUUGGUUAUUGUGCAGGAGACUUGUGGUAAUGUCUUCAACACUGGACGCCACUACAGCAAUAUCAAGGUGCCUCUUCCUCGCCAGUACCAUUGACGACUUCUGUAACAUGAAGAUAGUCAUGAGAAUACAAGUCACAAUACCAUGGCGGCUGCAACAAAUUAGAGAUGAUCUAGAUCUGUCCCGGACCAUUAUCAAGUGUCGGUAUGGCGUGGUUGGUAAUGGUUACAGUGCUGGCUAUCAUGGUGAACCAUGCACACAGUGAUGCUGGACACUUUUUUGCUGCAACUCCCAAAGUUCUCCCCAGGAUAGGACGUCGAGGAGACCUUCCACCACUGACGACAUUACUCACAGAAGCUGCUCAGAGCUCUGGCAAAGCUGGUCAGAGCAUCACUGAAGCUCUGGGCCAGCUGGACACUGACAGAGAUGGAUGUAUUGGUAUAGAAGAGCUACUGCGCAUCCCCAUAUUGAAAGUCGCUAUCUUGCUUCAAAAUCCUGCGCUGCUGCUCCCUCAGGCUGAAGCAGAUACUGAAGCGAGAGAGACCUACACAACAGAUCUUCGACCUGAACCUCGUCUUCUCAGGUUUUUGCAGAAUUGAAAAUUCAAAAUACAAGUUAAUUGACAAGUGAAAACAUCAGUGAGCUCGGCGAGACUACAAUCCUGAAGAGUGGAAGAUAAUGAAGACGCAAGACUAAGGUUCAGUGUAGCAAGGUUCAAAGAAUUUCUAUGGCUGACACUCGCAGUAUAACACAAGUUUAAGACACUUUUGUACCAGUUACAAAAGCUUGUGUUAUAUAUCCACUGUAAAAGUCAAACAUAACAUAUUUGUUGCGUAUUAAAAAGAAAUUCACGAAAAGUUUGUAAAAUAGUCAGUAUUUUAAGCUGCUUUUUAUACUUGUUCAGAAAGUUGCUGCUGUAUAGCCCUUG